AUGGCUUCUAUACACCAGUGCUCAUAUUUGUGCCUAGCCUUGCUCAUCCUAUUCGGAGUUUGGGCUUCUCAAGCUUCCUCUCGCCUUCUCAAUGAUGAGCAAUCCAUGUCGGACAGACACGAGCAAUGGAUGGCUCAUUAUGGGCGCGUUUACAUAGACAUAGAAGAGAAGGAUAGACGUUUUUCUCCAAUCAACAAAAGGUGUUGCUGGUCAUUUUCAGCAGUGGCAGCUAUGGAAGGCAUUACCCAACUCACAACUGGAAAGCUAGUAUCUCUAUCCGAGCAAGAGCUUGUGGACUGUGAUGUUAGAAGUGAUGAUCAAGGUUGUCAAGGUGGUUUGCUGGACACUGCCUUCCAAUUCAUCAAACAAAACAAAGGGCUCACUACAAAGUCUAAUUACCCAUACACCGGACGGACUUGUAAUACCAAGAAGGCAGCUACUCCAGCAGCCAAGAUAAUUGGGUACGAAGACGUGCCAUCUAAUAGUGAGAAAGCUCUAUUGCAAGCAAUUGCAAGCUCUAUUGGGACAUGUGACACACAGCUUGACCAUGGUGUCACGGCAGUUGGGUAUGGUACUACCACUGAUGGGACUAAAUACUGGCUUGUGAAGAAUUCAUGGGGCACAGGUUGGAGUGAGAAUGGUUAG